AAGGGGGAAGUGAUACAAUAGCAGGUCGGGGGUGAUCUCGGGGUCAUGCACAGACAACCAGGGAGACAGACAACUUUUGCUGUGAAUCUAGCUUCUCUCUCUCUCUCACUGUGGAAGCAGUUUCUAAGAACCGAGUAUCAGCAGACUGAGCUGAUAAAGACUGUAUUCCUUUCCAAGGUGGUGGCAGGAUUUAUUCUCGCAUUUGAAAGUGUGUUUGUAUUGAUAAGUGGACAAACUGAACUUUGUUGUUGGAUCUGAUAGUUCCAACCAGUCUCCAUAUAGAAGGUGAUAGAAGAGGUCAAGGCCAUUGUAUAGAAGAGGUCAAGGCCAUUGUCAUAGAAGGGGUCAAGGCCAUUGUGUCACUGGAUAUGACAAGUGAUGGUGAAACAAGAGCCUAUUGAAAGCUGGUGUCUGGCACAACGGAUGUACAUGCCUGGUGUAGAACAACUCUGACAGAUGACUGUGGUUAAGUUGUCAAGAUGAAGACAAAGUCUAGUGGUAUCCCCAAUAACUGUGCCCACAAUCCGUGAAGUGAUGUCUCCCACUAUUGCCAGUCAUGAAGACCAACAUAUCUGUUGUGGUAUUCUUCUGUGUGUUAACCUGCUGGAGUGAUCACAGUGGUGCUUUUGAGUUGAAAAAUGGAGACGACUUGAAAUUUGUUGGUGUGAGAAAAACUCCACAUGGUCGUCCUCAGGCUAAAUGGAUUAAUUCUGGGAGAGGUUUUGUGGAUGUUCUCCACUCAUAUAAGCACAAUGGGUACCAGACCGUUGAUAAAGACUUGAACGAAGAUGGAUUGAAAUUUAAGAGUGUCGGGCUGUCUGGACAGAACCCUAGGAAAGGGUCGACUCAAGAUGGCCGUGUUUCAGCAGACAGGAAACAGAAUGUCCCAGUUAUAACAGCAAGUGAAUAUGUGUUGAAAUUUAAGCCACAAACCACAUGGGGACAUAUAAGAAACGUUUUGGUAACAAGGUCGAAUGGCGAGUGGUAUGAUGGAUCUAUUUUCACCAACAAAGACUUAGUUACCACAUCCAGGCUAAAAUCAAUAUCAGCGCAGCAGUUCAGCAGGUCCUCGGGGAAAAGUGAUGUGAAAGACUUAAGUUUUCUGUAUGUGAAGGAUUCUGUGAGAGACUCAUAUAGAAACCGUUAUCACGAAACCAAGUCGAACAAAGGCCAAGUUUCUCCUUCUUUAGCCAGGAGCAAAUUCUUCGAUGGUCUAAGUGGUCAUAACAAGGGCAGGGGGGUGGAGAGGAUAAGCCAUGGCAAUACCAGGAGACACAAUGAGACUUCUAUCAACUCUGCUGCUUCAAAACGGACAAAUUUGAUUUCCUUAUCUCGACAGAAGCGUAGCAUUGAUAGUGUGCAGGAUGGCGGCGUUGAUUCUUCAAGUGUUUCAGAGGGUCAGUCAAGUGUAGGUAAACUGGGUCUGAGCACUGGCCAUUCUGAUCAGAAUUCAUGGCCAGACAGGACCAGAAACUCUGGUCUGUACACAUCACCCCCAUUUGAAAAGGAAUCGAUCAACACAGAUACGUUUCUCACUAGUAGUAGCACGAGUGUAACAGGGUCUGAAACUAAACAAAGCACUGAAUUACCACAGGGCAUUAGUUUGGAUACGACCACAAAUCGCACAGGUACCAUUCCAGUUUCAUCACCAACAAACAUUCCUAUAAUUGACCCCAGUACUGCUCCUACUACUGCUAGGAACACCAGUGGGCUUAAUGGUGUGGGUUCAGAAUCUCCAGAAAUCCUGACAAAAUCUCACUCUCAAGUGUCCUCAUCAUCUCUGGGUAUGACAAGUCUAUCUUCAACUAAGCUGCCUGACCCUGCUAUACCCUUCAAUCUCAAAAUACCUCCAGAAGAGACCUCUUCAGAAUUUCAAAUUGCUGCAAAUAGUGAUGUCAGUGGAUUAUAUUCUACAACACUGAGUUCGAUUUCUCUAAGUGCUUCCACUUCAGUUAUUAAUGAUGGUUCAGUGUCCACACUCCCAACAGUCAGUAAAUCCAGGGAUGGAUCCUCCACAGAAGCUUAUUCAAAUUUUGAUGCAAAGGAUGCAUUUGUGAGUGAAACUUCUCCAACACAAAUUUUCACAACUGCUCAAACCCUGCUGCCAAUAGCUGAGACAUCUCCUGAACCUGUUGCUGAGACGUCUGCUGUACCCAUUGCUGAGACGUCUGUCAAACCUAUUCCUGAAACAUCACCAGAAACAACACCACAAACAUCACCAGAAACCUCCCCUGAGACAUCACCAGAAACCUCCCCUGAGACAUCACCAGAAACCUCCCCUGAGACAUCACCAGAAACCUCCCCUGAAACAUCACCAGAAACCUCCCCUGAGACAUCACCACAAACCUCCCCUGAGACAUCACCACAAACCUCCCCUGAGACAUCACCACAAACAUCACCAAAAGAACCCUGAGACAUCACCACAAACAUCACCAGAAACCACCCCUGAGACAUCACCAAAAACCUCCCCUGAGACAUCACCAGAAACCUCCCCUGAGACAUCACCAGAACCCUCCCCUGAGACAUCACCACAAACAUCACCAGAAACCUCCCUGAGACAUCACCACAAACAUCUCCGGAAACCUCCCCUGAGACAUCACCAAAAACAUCCCCUGAGACAUCACCAGAAACCUCCCCUGAGAUAUCACCAGAACCCUCCCCUGAGACAUCACCACAAACAUCACCAGAAACCUCCCCUGAGACAUCACCACAAACAUCACCACAAACCACCCCUGAGACAUCACCAGAAACCACGCCUGAGACAUCACCACAAACAUCACCA